AACUGGAAAUUGUCUUCCUGGAACAGUAGUAGAAUCAGAUAUAACACACCCAUACCAGUUUGAUUUUUGUGAGUAUAAUUCUCUGUAUUUAUCACGUUACGUUUCUCAUAAUUAUAACAAUUUUAUCAUAAAAUGUUAUAUAGACUUGCAAAGUCACGCCGGACUUCAAGGAACUUCCCGUCCAACACAUUAUCGUGUGUUAUAUGAUGAAAAUAACUUUAACCCGGAUAC